AUGCCUGUCCAACAGCACGUGCUCAACUGGCUGUACAGCGUCUUGACAAGCGAAUAUCACGAUGUCAACCGCACCUACAACGACGUCGCCACCGUCCUUGCCCGGUACCCGACGCUCGCUCCACGAACCGAUGUCCACACCUUCCCCAAUGGCGCCAGCGCUCUGCUGCUGCACCUUAAGGGCACGAUCCCCGUCCUCUUCCGAGGCGCCACAUAUAGAUUUCCAGUCUCCAUAUGGGUGCCGCAUGCGUAUCCGCGCGAGGCACCGCUGGUGUACGUGACGCCGACGGACACCAUGAUGGUCCGCCCGGGCCAGCAUGUCGACCCCCAGGGCCAGUUCUAUCACCCGUAUCUGGCUGGCUGGGCCGCCUUUUGGGAUAAGUCGACCCUCAAUGACCUUCUCUCCGUCUUGAGCGACAUCUUUGCAAAAGAGCCGCCGGUCAUCGCGCGCCAGCAGGCUCGAACGAGUGCUCAGAGCCCGCCUCCGCCCCAACAGCCGCCUCCAAUUACGCCGCAUCCCCCAGAGAGGCCGCUCCCUCCGACGUCUUCACCUGCGCAGCCUCAUACACAGCAAGCGGAACCUCGUCCCCCACCGCCGCCGCCCAAACCUCACCAAGAGGUCCCUCGACAAGAUACGCCUCGACAAGAGGCUCGCCCACCGCCGGUCCCACCGCACCCUCACCUCUCCUCUCCCAGCCCUCCCAGCGCUGGACUACCAUCCAGAUAUGAUUCUGCUCCCCCUCUUCCGCCGCAGGCUCAGACAUCCAGACCACCCUAUCAACCUCCACCACAUACUCAAUCGCUCCCCCAGUAUGCAAACGCUCUGCCGCCUUACCCCCCCCAGUCCCCCCCUCAGACUCACCCGCACGCUUUGCCGCAAUUUCAACCACCCUCGGGACCAAACUUUGCAUCACCAGGUCAAUAUACACAUGGACAGUUACAGCCGCACGGACAGUGGCAGCCAACCCAGCAGCAGCAGGCAUGGGAUAGAAUCCCCUUUCCGCCACAUCAGCAACAGCAACCGCCCCAACCGCUUCAGCAGAAACCACCGCCUCCUCCGAACCUUCUCGAUGAUUCACUGAACCUGGAAAUCUCGUCUCAGACUAUUGAAGCCCCUCCCAUUCCUCCAAAUCCCGAAAAGGAUGCUCUCCUCAGGCAGCUCGCCCAGACUCUAGCGUCCAUCCGGCAACGCAGUCGGCAGCAGAAUGAGUCCAGUAUGGCCGGACUGGAGGCUCAGCAGUCUGCCAUGCUAUCUGCAAUGUCUGCCUUACAAGCGGAGAUGGGCCAGCUCACUCAGCUGUCCAACGUUAUUUCUUCCAACACCAAUAUCCUUCAUGACGCUUUGCGCAAGGCAGAUGCCGUCAUAGAGGGGUCGAGAAGCUAUGUUGUUCCAGACAUCGACGAGCUACUAGUAGCCCCUACGGUAGUGGGGAAUCAGCUGUACAGGGUCGUGGCAGAAGAACGAGCGUUGGGCGACGCCAUCUUUAUGCUUGGACGUGCGGUGGAGAGAGGCCGCAUAUCGCCCGCCGCGUUUGCGAAGAUGACACGGUCUCUAGCAAGAGAGUGGUAUCUGAAGAAGGCCCUGGCACGCAAGAUUGCGCAGGGCAUGGGGCUUCUGAUGCCUUGA